CUCAUUUCUCUUAGGAGUCAUGUAAUGUGUAACACGAUCAGGACAUAUUCGUUCGUAUUCGCCCAAAGCAUUACCUGAAGCUGUGGAGGAAUGUGUGUUCAUCCACACUGUAUACAAAUGUUGGGAGAGCAGGCAGAUGAUGAAAACAUGUGCUAGAGGAGAGCUUGCAGGCUGGGUACUUCCUUUUACGUUUUACAUUUUUGUGGUCUGCUUGUAGCCAGUGGAUUAAAUCCUCUACUUAGAAACUUUCAAAGAUCCGGACACUUUGCUUUCUGCAGUUUGUAAUCCAAGAGAGCGACACUCUCAGUUCAAGUUUGCCGGUCUUUCCAAUAUCAGAGGAUACUCCGAAUCUUGUUUUACAAGCGUUUUCAUUUUUGCAUAUCUUCAAAAGAAAUUCCAAGUAUAUGUAGUUUGAAAGUUCUGGAUUCCUAAUUUCUCAGAUGUAAUACAUUGAUAUUUAUAGAAAGUUCCAGCAUGAAAGGUGCCAAGGACUAUUAAAGAGGUUAUAUUUUUAUAUUGAAACUAUAGUUUUCUUCCCUUUUUGAGUCUCUUCGCCCACGAAAUGAAAGACGACUACAGUGAAGAAGAGGAGGUGCAUUCAAUGGGUUACAAGAGGUUUGGAAUUCAGGAAGGGCCUCAGUGUAAUCGAUGUAGAAACAACUGGGCACUAAAGUUUUCUAUUCUGCUGCUCUAUGUCCUGUGUGCCAUGCUAACCAUUACUGUAGCCAUCCUGGGCUACAAAGUUGUACAGAGAAUGGACACAGUGACAGAAGGAAUGGAAACAUCACAAAAAAGUUAUUCGGAAAAACUAACUGCUGUUGAGACCGACCUGAAAAAAUUAGAUGACCAGUCUGGUAUGAAAGAUCAAAGUACCACUUUGGAGCUCUCCAAGUUCAAAACCGAUAUUCAGUCCCUUCAGAACCAACUUAAUGAUAUUGCUGGCAGUGCUUCCAAAAACAAAGCUGCACUAGACAAGCUACAAGAGACUGAAUUAUCAAUGACAACCAGCCAUAACUCCCUCAAAACCUUGAUGGAUGGCAACACAAAAUCCAUCAGAGCCAUUAACCAAACGUUAUUGACCUACAGUGGAUACAUCAACAACCUGGAGCAAAACACUGGUAAACUGCAAAAGGACAUUCAAGAACAGACCAAAUCCCAGAGCAGUACGGUUAUAAAUCUCAGUCAAAUAAAUCAGACACAGAUCCGGCAAAUGGAUUUAUUCAGUUCACUGCAGAAAUCUGUUGAUGAUGCCAGUCAGGCAAUUCAAAAGAUAAGGAAUGACUGGCAGGCUCUCCAACAGGCAUUGUUUCAAGCACAAAAGGACACUGACUGGUUAAAAGAGAAAUUACAAUACCUACAGCUCCAAACAGUGAACAACUCUGUCAUGGUGACAGGUAAUAGUGACACUUUGGAGGAUAUGAGUAAUCAGCUGAAUUCUCUCAUUAGCCAGAUGGCAAACAUUAGCUUUAUGGCUAACAUUCAUGAGGAGAGUCUCAAGGAUCUACAGAAGUAUCAAAAAGCCCAUGAAAACAAAACUGCCACUAGUUUUGAACAACUGGAAAUGCGCAUGGAUAUAAAUGAAAGAGAUAUUGGAACUAUCAUUGGCAAUAUCAGUUGGACUGUGCAACAUCUCCGGUCACUAACAAACAACUUGAAUGGUAUUAAAACUACUUGUACCAAUACACUAAGUCAGCAUGCUGAUGAGUUAGCCACCUUAACUACCAGCAUGGACAGUAUCCGCAUGGAUAGUUCUCUAAUCAAAGCACAGCAAAGUGUAAUGGAAGCAAAAUUGGACAUUGAGGUUGGCAACCUGUCUAUGAUAAUGGAAGAAAUGAAGCUUGUGGACAAAAAACAUGCUCAACUGAUCCAAAACUUCACAAUUCUUCAAGGUCCUCCUGGUCCAAGAGGUCCUAAAGGUGACAAAGGAAUGCAAGGACCACCUGGCAAUAAGGGAGCAAAAGGACAAAAAGGUGACCUGGGAGAAGAAGGAAUUCCUGGACCGAUGGGUCCAAAGGGUUCUCGAGGUCCUCCAGGAAGUAAAGGAGAAAGGGGCAGUCAGGGAUCUAGAGGAUCACCUGGCAUGAAAGGUCAAAAGGGUUCAAAUGGAAGACCUGGAACACCUGGAGCAAAAGGAAGCAUUGGACUGCCAGGUCCCAGUGGCAAAGAAGGUCUUCCGGGAGCACCUGGGGAACAAGGCCAACCAGGAGCUGCAGGAAGCAGAGGGCCGCCAGGACUACCAGGACCAGUAGGACCACAAGGACCACCAGGCCCAAAAGGACCACCUGGCUUAGCAAUACCAAUGACCUUUAAUGGUCAAGUAAGCCAUUCCUAUGGUCUUCCAGGACAAAGAAAUCAUCCUUCGACAGUUUCUCCAAAGCCAAAUGGUUGCCCAUUUAAUUGGAGGAGGUUUAAGGAUAAAUGUUAUUACUUCUCCAAUAAUCCAGUUCAAUUUAGAGAUGCAAAUAAUCUCUGCAGAACUAUGUCAUCGAACCUGAUUAUAAUUAAUAACCAAGAAGAACAGCAAUGGGUGAAAAAACAAAUUAAUGCCAUGUUUUACUACUGGAUUGGUCUGACAGAUUUGAAGGAGCAUGAUGUGUGGAGAUGGGUCGAUGGGACUGUUGCACAGUAUACAAACUGGAGGCAAGGACAGCCUGAUAACUGGCGGCAGGAAGAAUUAACAGAAGAUUGUGCUGGCCUUACUAAGAAUGCAUUAUGGAAUGACUUCUUCUGCACAGACGCAAAUCAUGUGAUUUGUGAGAAGAAUGCUGAUGAAGAUUAGCUUUCUGAGUGAUUGUCCUGAAGACUACAGUCAGACUACUUUGUGGACCGUAUUGGAGGUGGACUUCAGCUUCAGGUCCCUGAUAAACAAAGGAAGCUUCUGAAAUGGAGUUAGACAACAUCUACUAACCUAACUUUCCAAACAUUGUUUCCUCAUACUGAUGCUGGAACGUAAAAUUAUGACAAUCCUUAACUUUUAAAGUUAGCCCGAAACUUUAUUCUGUAAAGAAUAACUAUUUUUUGAUAACAAUCAUUGUUUAUUACUAGUAAAAUUAGCAAGAAAAUAUAUUACAGAGGCCAUAUGAACCCAUUUUUAUUUUAUUUGCCAUGAAUGCCUAUGUCAAGAUAAAAUGUAUGUUAAACACAUCUUGAAAAUUACUUACAGUUCUGCUUACAAAGCUUUCUUGUUUUUCAGGAAAAUUUCUACGGAACAUUCUGUGUCUAGUUUACAAUGCAAUCAAGGAAUUAUUAUUCAACUGUUAUGUCAGAAAAUCAAAGAUCAAAUCUUUCUUUAUUAUCUUCCAGCAGUUAUAAAUAUGGUCUGUUUUGGGGGCUUGAAUUUUCAGCUUUUAUUUUUGAUUGGGAUUGUUCUGUUAUAAUUUUAGUCAGUUAUGAUCAAAGCUCGGGAAAAUCAGAUUAUUUUCAGUUGUUAAGUGUCAUGAGACAAUUACAUCAAUUUUCAGUUUCUACAUUGUAACUAAAUUAGAAACAGCAAUAAAUAAUUAUUUACAAAAUUGUCCAUUACCCUGUGUUUUAACUAACUCUAAUAUUUUUACCAACUGGCAACUUCUACUGUGUCAAUGCAUAAUAUCUAAAUCUUAAAACCAUAGUCUUAAAGUGCACAGAAGUCUUUAAAAAUAAUUCAUUGAAGCAGAGUCUGUGUAGUUAUUAUUGUUAAAAACUGAAAACAUUCAAGCCCUAUCUAUGUUAAGUUCUGCUGCAGUGAAUAAGGCAUUGUUUCAGUGAAGUAGGUGGAGUUAAAGUGCUUUCAUAUGGGCAUCCAUUUUACUAAAACAUUAUCUCUUGGAUGCAGACUUGUUAAGAAGAUGCUUUAAAGUACAACUGUUGCUGUUCCAAAUGGAAAGAAAAGAAUAUAGAACAUGGAGAUAACACACACACACACACACACACACACACACACACACACACACACACACACACACACACACACACACACACACACACACACACACACACACACACACACACACACAAAAUUCUGCAGGGACUCAUCAGGCCAGGCAGCAUCUCUGGAAAAAAGAACAGUCGAAGGGUCUCGGCCCGAAACGUCAACUGUACUCUUUUCCAUAGAUGCUGCCUGGCCUGCUGAGUCCCACCAGCAUUUUGUGUGCUGCUUGGAUUUCCAGCAUCUGCAGAUUUUCUCUUGUUUAUGACAGAAGAUGGAGAAACAUUUUGACAUCAGCUGCAAGUUUUGUGCACAUCACAGAAGAUGUGAAGACUACUUCCUUUGUUUGCAGACAGGAAAGAAACCAGAAAAGCACAUGAGCCUCUGCCCACCAAAACCAGGAGAGGCCGAAGGGGAAUUAUAACGCCUUUGACAAUAUCAGAAAUGCAGAAUUUCUAAAACAUUUUAUCCUUUAAUAAAUGACAACAUUUUAUGAUUA